UGACUGGAUCCUCCCCAGCUAGUGCCUGCGACAUGGCAGCUGCUGCUAACUCAGCCUUGAAGACAGUCACUUGCCUGCUCAGCACCGUUACUUAGAAGAUAGAAGCCAGCAGGAGCUGCCCCUCCUGAAGCCAGCCAGGGGGCGAGCCGGGGCCCCCCCGCCCCCGGGAUGACUGCGGCCAGCCGGGCCAACCCCUACAGCAUCGUGUCGUCGGAAGAGGACGGGCUGCACCUGGUCACCAUGUCGGGCGCCAACGGCUUCGGCAACGGCAAGGUGCACACGAGGCGCCGGUGCCGCAACCGCUUCGUGAAGAAGAACGGCCAGUGCAACAUCGAGUUCGCCAACAUGGAUGAGAAAUCGCAGCGCUACCUGGCUGAUAUGUUCACCACCUGCGUGGACAUCCGCUGGCGCUACAUGCUGCUCAUCUUCUCGCUGGCCUUCCUCGCCUCCUGGCUGCUGUUCGGCAUCAUCUUCUGGGUCAUCGCUGUGGCCCACGGCGACCUGGAGCCGGCCGAGGGCCGGGGCCGCACCCCCUGUGUGCUGCAGGUGCACGGCUUCAUGGCGGCCUUCCUCUUCUCCAUCGAGACGCAGACCACCAUUGGCUACGGGCUACGCUGCGUGACGGAGGAGUGCCCGGUGGCCGUGUUCAUGGUGGUGGCGCAGUCCAUCGUGGGCUGCAUCAUCGACUCCUUCAUGAUCGGCGCCAUCAUGGCCAAGAUGGCGCGGCCCAAGAAGCGGGCGCAGACGCUACUGUUCAGCCACAACGCCGUGGUGGCGCUGCGCGACGGCAAGCUCUGCCUCAUGUGGCGCGUGGGCAACCUGCGCAAGAGCCACAUCGUGGAGGCGCACGUGCGGGCCCAGCUCAUCAAGCCCCGGGUCACGGAGGAGGGCGAGUACAUCCCGCUGGACCAGAUCGACAUCGACGUGGGCUUCGACAAGGGCCUGGACCGCAUCUUCCUGGUGUCGCCCAUCACCAUCCUGCACGAGAUCGACGAGGCCAGCCCGCUGUUCGGCAUCAGCCGGCAGGACCUGGAGACGGACGACUUCGAGAUUGUGGUCAUCCUGGAGGGCAUGGUGGAGGCCACGGCCAUGACCACGCAGGCCCGCAGCUCCUACCUGGCCAACGAGAUCCUGUGGGGCCACCGUUUCGAACCCGUGCUCUUUGAGGAGAAGAACCAGUACAAGAUCGACUAUGCGCACUUCCACAAGACCUACGAGGUGCCCUCCACGCCCCGCUGCAGUGCCAAGGACCUGGUUGAGAACAAGUUCCUGCUGCCUAGCGCCAACUCCUUCUGCUACGAGAACGAACUGGCCUUCCUGAGCCGCGACGAGGAGGACGAGGCAGAUGGGGACCAGGACAGCGGCAGCAGGGAGGGCCUCAGCCCCCAGGCCAGGCAUGACUUUGACAGGCUCCAGGCCAGCGGGGGUGCCCUCGAGCGACCCUAUAGACGGGAGUCGGAGAUCUGAGCCACCGCUGACCUAGGUGUCACAUCCGCCCCGCCAGGGAGAGGCCCUCAGGGGCCCUGGGUUUGAGCAGACGGGCCCGGCGCCCGGUGCAGACUCAGUAGCGUGUAGUCGUUUUAUGUUUCUUUGCAAUGGCCUCAGAGGUUGGCGGGAGGGAGAGUGGCCAGGGUGGGCAGCCCUGGCCUGGAAGGCUGACAAGGGCACAGGAGCAGGGAGGUGGCCUCCUGGGGGGCCCAGGCCACAGGAGCCAGAAGCUUCCGCCUGAAGACAGCUGCCGCCUGCCUGGAAACAGCUCCCCCGCAGGCCCGGCCCCAGCCGUCAAGGCUGGCAGGCCGCUGUGCUCCUUGCUAGUUUUUAACUUGGGGAGGAAGACCCAGUUUUGGCUUUCUCAACCUUAGCUUGGGUAAGACUGUUUACAAAAAAUAAUAAUAAUAACAUGCGAUUAAAAAAUAUUUGUAAUUGGUGGUGGUGGGGGAAAGGACAAUUAGAAUUCCAUGGGUUGCCAAUGGCGGCUCCAGGAGGCACCCUCCAGGGCUGGCCUGGCCUCACAUGGUACAGGCAGGGUCCAGCAGAGCCAUGGAGGUGCGGUUCUUCACGCUCAUGGGUGCACUGGGCUGUGUGGUCGCAGUAAACGCUUCCUGAUGCCACUGGGGCGGGGCCUGGGGAGACGCGGCCGGAGUGUGGCUCUGCACUGUAGAGGAGCCUCUCAGGCCAGCUCAGACCCCCACACACCCCGGUGGCUCACGUUUUGCUUCUCUCUCCAUUUCUGCCUGGUGGUCUCCACGCCUCGCACAGUGAGGGGCAGUGGAGACCCAGAAGUAGAGGCUCCGCAGGAAGGGCAGCGGGGUCCGACCAGGGGGGCAGUGCAGCCUGUCCCCACGGCCUCCCUGCGAGUGGUGCCUUAGAGACUCCGGGUUGUCUGGCUCGAGUUGUUUUGUUUUUAUUGGACUUGUCCAUCCUCCCCACUGCCUCUGCUGAGGUCCCUGCCAGCCCCUCUGCCUGCCCUGGGAAGGCGCCCCUUUCUGCCCCCCAUACCUGGGCAGCAUAGGCGAGCCGGGGGGGCGCAGUCAGGUCAUGAUCUGACACUGGGUGGUGGAGGGCUGAGGGGGCUGGGAGAGGCGCACUCAUUCAGAGCUGAGUGAGGUUGGCCACGGCAGGGACUCUCUGCUCAGGCUUCCCAGUGCCCCCUGCACCAGACAUCACAGCGCCUGUGUCAGGGAGGCCUGGGAUCCCCUCUCUAUCAUCAGCUGCUGGCUCCCCCAGCCUGUCCUGUCCUGGGCAGCAGACAGGGCCAGGCCUCAGCUGGAGCCCACCCCUCCUGGGGAUGCUGAGGCUGCGAGCUCCCUGGACCGACCCCUCAGGGCGGUGCUAGAAGCCCAGUCCCAGCGUGCCUGCCGGCUGCCCCAAUCUGUGCCCUUCUAGGAUGGGUCGAAACCAGAAGGCACCAAGAGCUCUUAGGUUCAAGUAGGGAAAUUGAGGUAGAGAGCAGAGAAGGGGGACUCGCGAGGUCGUGCAGUGGGCAGGUGGGGUCACUGGGAAGGGAGCCUUCCCAGCCCCGGGUCCCGCCCCAGCCCAGAAGAUCCAGCCCAGGGGGCUUUACCUCUCAGGGUCUGCCAGGGAAGCCUCUGCUCCUUCCCACUCUGCCUGACUGGCUUCCUCAGCCUUAGCCUGGAGCAGUGGGUGGCAUGCUCCUUCUCACCCACAGCCAGGGCACCAGACUGAGGGGCGGGGAGGGGGACAGAGGCCUUGGUCACUCGGUCUCUCCACGUUGCCCUCCAGGGCUGGAGGCCAGCCUUCCACUCCCCAUUGGGUGCAGAGCUCAGGGCCACGCAAGGCCUCUCCCUCACCCUUCAGUGGCCUCGUGCACUCACCUCCCGGGCCUGCCCCAGCCCCAGCCCCAGUCCCAGCAAGAGCACAGCCUGGGCUGCUUUUCGCCCUUUCAGAGGCAGGCAGGUGCUGGUUUUCAGACUCUUCUGCCCUCUUUGUUCCUGCCCCAGUAUUUAUUUAUUUAUUUAUUUAUUGCUUGUGCUAAAGACCAAAAUAGUCUCCCUCUGUAGUGCACAUGAAGCUGGAGAGCAGAUGGGAGGAGCCACAUGUGUGUGCAGGUGUGACAAAGACUGGGUCCUUGGAGGGUGCAUUCAUGUGCACACGUGCGUAUGUGUGAGCUGGUACAAUGUGUACAUACCACUGUCUCUACGUGUGUGACUCUGGGUUGGUAACACAGGUGCGUGGCAUACGUGUGUGUAUACGGGUAGUUGUAUGUGCGUCUCUCGAGGUAGCUGUGUGUGUGUGUUCUGUGUGAGAGGCUGGGUGGAUGCUCACCGGGCUGGGGUGUGGCCACACACAUCGCAUGGUUGAACCCCACAAUUCUUCGACCCUCUGCCCUGAUCACUCACAUGGUGCGGGGAGGGAUGUGUGUGCCAGGGUGUGCCAGUGCAUCUGAAGGUGGGCAUUUGUACCUGGAUGGUGUGGAAGAGGCCAUUGUGUGUCUGUCCGUGUGAACUCGCAUUCAUGUAAAUGUGCGUGGGCCCCAGGGUGUGUGUACACAAAUGUCAGUGGGUUGGUAUGUCCAUGUGCAGCCCGUGUGUGCUGCUCAGAACACGGGGGCCGCCCCCGAGCCCCUGCUGGUGCUGCUGCCCCAUCCCUGCCCGACCGAGGGUCCUGGGGGUGGGCAGGGGGGAGCCACCGGGAAGCCCUGGGCAGGGCGUGUCUGCCCUGCGUGAGGUCAUAGAAUGUCAAAUCUAUUUUAAAUGGUGACACUGGAGAAUUCUCAUGUUAUUUUCAAUACAUAGCGGUAUCUAAAGACGUAGGCGAUGAGAUUAGACCACAUUAAAUGCAUUUUGAUCUCUUUGAGUGCCAUCGUGUCCAGAUAUGUGUCUGACGGUCCCUUGCCCG